CUGUAUAAAGGUGACCCCCUAAGCAUAAUGGUAUGGUCCGUCUAUCCGAGAGGCAACAUGGCUACCGUCUUUCGUGGCUGUACGGAGGGUGUUAUUUUCGUGAAAUAAAAUGGCUUUUUCUCCCCAAAUGUCGCCCACUGUUGUUAGCCAAAUUGUAUUUUAAACAUUAUAUUGCUAUGGAAUUGCGUUUCUGUAACUUAGAACGUGAUUUGGGUGUGUUGACAUUGUGUUGACGUUAUUUAGUACGACCGCAAAGAUCUGAAGUGCAGCCAUGGCAGUGACAUGUCUGGCCCCACAAUACAUACAGUACGUAACUUACCUGUGGGUAUGUACAGGGUGACUGGUCAUGCUGGUACAAAUGUGCAACUUGCUCAUGCACUGUGCUAUUGGUCGAUCCUGUACAACAUCUGUCGACAACUCUGCCAUCAGUCGAUCGAAUUUUCUUUCCUAAUUCAAAGCCAAAGAUUUCAUCUGAGAUCGAUUGAUGGUGCUAGAACAGCCCGAUCAACCAAUAGCACACAUCCAACAAUCGCACACAACAUAUACGCGUAAACAUAGAGAAAAGUGUGAUGCUGGGGUUACAUUCCUACUUUCUGUUCUUUUUCAACCUGUCUUGGCUGAAAGCAAAACAAAAAACACAAAACAAAACUAAAAAAAAAAACAAGACAGAAACAUGUCGGACUUUCACUUACCCUGUACUGAUAUGUGUGGGAAAGCAUUAGGGUCAAAUAUCCAUUCAUAUACCACUCACUAGACUUUAUUCACAUGUUGGCCAUUUUUGUGUAGUGGGCUGGGGGUUCUUCCAUUAUCAUUCAGUUGAUAAAUGGACCUUUGAACUCGAUAUGUGUGCAGAGUGUGAUUUGGAGGCAGGCCCCUGCUUAUAUUUGGCGGGAAGUGGCCUACAUGUACAAAGUAUUACUUUUUGGCGUGACUUGUUACACUUUUUUGGCACCACUGGCCCAGUGGUGCCAAAAGCCAACUCGGGAGUCUGCAAAACAUUUCCAGACUCCCAAAUUGGCUUUUUUUGUAGCUGUACGCCAUUCAUGGCUGUACGUUUAUUUGUGUUUUGCUUGACCAGCUGUGGGGAUGGAAAAGUGAAUCAGUAGAACAAAUAUCCACAUAAAUGUAACCAGCGGAGAUUUGAAAGUACAGUUUACUGUACAUGUACAUGUAGGCUGGGUGCUCUCGGGAUGCAGUUCGACAUGAGUGGGGGCACUGUUCAUGAUGGAUUGGACUGGGCAUAGUGGUCACUGCUUCAGACAUGAGUAACACAGUUUUGUGACCAAACAUGUACAUGUACAUGUUGCACCAUCAAUACAACGGAUCAUCUCAACCCAGGAACCAAACUGCUGUGAGGGGCUUUCUUUCCUGAUUGCAAGUUUUCCAUCUUCAAAGCACAACAUUGCACAUUUGUGUGUCUGGUGAAGCAAAACUACAUACCGUCACAAAAUUGAGUGUGGACUGCGAGCUGUCUGCCUGGUGAACAACCUGCUAGCCCUACCAGAUCCAGGGCUAUUGCCCUUGAAUGCAGCAGGCAGUAAUGCCAACCGCCAUAAGCGCCAAAGCGUAAAGAGGAGCACCGUAUUAAAAGAAAUCUCCUUUUCACCUCGGGGAAAGAAAAAAAAACUGCUGCCGUGUCUUCCUUUGGAGGAGGGCGUCGGCCCCCACUGCUCAGACGGAAACUCAGUUUCUCGUCCGAUGGCCAAGUUUUCCUGGAUUCCGCAUCGAGCCAUGCUGCAGAACAGACUGUCGGUGGUGUUGGUUGUAGUGGUGGUGAUUGCCGUGUUGUUCCUGGAGCGGCAGAUCCACCAGUUGAACUACUCCCUGCGCAGGAUAGAGGAGUCGCUAGAGAGGUCCAACAGCCGGCGCAUGCGAAGUACCCCAAGUAUCUCCAACAAACCCAACACAGACGACUUUGUGGUCAUCUACAACCGGGUCCCCAAGACGGGUAGCACGUCCUUCACAGGAAUCGCCUACGACCUCUGCCACACCAACAAAUUUAAUGUCCUGCACAUAAACACCACCAGAAAUAUGCAUACCAUGUCUGUAGCAGAUCAGAUGAAGUUUGUAUCAAAUGUCACAAGUUGGACAGCAAAGAAACCAGCCUUUUACCAUGGCCAUUUAGCCUUUAUAGAUUUUGGAAGUUUUGGUUCAUCACAGCAGCCAUUAUACAUUAACAUAAUUCGUCGACCGCUCGACAGACUAGUAUCAUAUUACUACUUCUUACGAAAUGGUGAUGAUCUGAGACCAAAACUCAAGCGGGCCAGACAACAGGGUCACACCAAUAAAGAGACUUUUGAUCAGUGUGUGGCACGGCGGGGCUACGACUGCUCUGAACAGAAGCUGUGGAUCCAGGUGCCCUUUUUCUGUGGACAUGCCCAAGAGUGCUGGGUGCCUGGUAGUCGCUGGGCAUUAGAGCAAGCCAAAUUUAACCUGGCCAAUCAUUACCUCCUGGUGGGUGUGACAGAAGAGUUGGAGGACUUUGUCAUCAUGCUGGAGUCGGCCCUACCUUCAAUGUUCAGGGGCGCUGUAGAUCUCUUCAGAACGGGCCAAAAGUCACACCUACGAAAAACAGCCAACAAGCUCAAGCCCUCAGAUGAAACGAUAGAAUUCUUCAAGUCCUCGCCGAUCUGGGAAGUGGAGGAGGAGUUCUACAACUUUGUGCUGGACAACUUCCACAUGCAAAAGAAGCGUAGCCUGAAGACAGUGGACGGCAUGGUCGUGCCGGUCAGCGGUCAGUUCUUAUACGAGAAGAUUCGGCCCAAGUGACAUACGGUGUGCCCCAGGGCCACUCACGUGUAAAAAACAAGCCUAGCUCUCAGACAAGUUCUUUCACUCUUAUUUUUCCCCUGACAUUUCUUCAUUUUUCACAGUGUUGUAUUCGAGUCCGUCACAAGUCCUUUCACAAGUCUCUUCACAAGGCCAGUCGUAAGUAACAGGGUGAACAAUGGCAGUAGAACACUUUGGUCAAAGCUCCUUUGAAUAGCUUGUGAGUUGGCUUAAGUCUGAAUGACUUGUGAUGGACUUAGAGGGACUUACAGGGACUUGUGAUAGACUCGAAUACAACACUGAUUUUUCCGAUCUUAAAAAUCAUCAAAAGUAAAGAUUCCAGAUUAUACGCCAUUUAUUAGGAGGACGACUGUAGGGCAUUAUUGAAGUUCUGUUUUUACAAUGAAAACUGUUGCUAUUUAAAGAUGAGAGAUUUUUAAUUGACGUAUCAAUAAAGUACUGAAGAAAAGAUGAAGUCAGAUUUGGUAUUAUAUGUUAUGUUCAAAAUCAGUCUUGUUUUCCGAGCAUAGAGCUAGGACUAAAAAUAAGCAUGACAUUGACAGUCAUGUAAAGAGGAAUUGCACUCCAUGCUUUUUUCAAUUGUUCGUCACCAUGUUAAAGGAACUCUUACCGAGUACCAACUGCAAGGGGUCUAUUGGCAAUUGUCUCCAUUGGAUACACCAAGAAUUUAUGAAAACUAUUGUCCAAAGUGAACCAAGAACUGAAGAUCGCUUUGAUGUUGGAUACACUUUUAAAGUUGGAUUCCAAAAAGAAGUAUAUGUUUCUUGUACCCCACAUUUGGGAGUGGCCUGUCUGUUAUUUACUUCAGCUUACAACUCAUCACAUCUGUGUGAACCCAUUUUCAUGUCUGCUUUGUUCUGCAGGCAUCUCACGGAUGAAGAAACGUAUCACUUUCUGUGAAUACUGUGCAUUUGACUUGUUUCCAUGUGCUAUGCAUAUUUGCUAUGAAUAUUGAGGACUAAUAAUAACUUUGGGGGUUUUUUUGUAAUAUAUAUAUUUAAUCUGUAGUAAAACUAGCUGGCACGUUUAGCUGAAGCAGAUGUGUACAUUUUUUUGUAUUUAAUAUAUGACUGAAAGACUUUUUGUUUCCAUUUCAUUUUAUGUGAAUUGCACUGUGCUCUGGGAAUAACAUCUGUCUGCUUGAUAAGGGGCACAGAGCAUUUGCUCGAGGCUGAAUCUAGGGGGUUUUGUUUGGUUUGUUUUAUUCAAGGAUGCCUUUACACGAGAAUUGAAUUUUGAAUGUACCCAUUCCAAAGUAUUCCAACUUUGGAGCAAGUUUGGAUAACUACCAAGGAGUCUUUUUUUCCUGGAGCUUUUCUGACCUUUCUAAUCAUGCUCUCGUUGCUGCAGAAAAAAGUCCCCUCACCACAACACUUACUUUCUCACCCACUUGACGCACAGAUAUAAUAUUUUGUGCAAACCUGUACGAUGUCUGUGUUCACAUGCCACUUUUGAUCACAAUACAAAAUGCAAGAGUUUUGCCAUUCUCUCAUUCCUUUAGAGAUUAGGACGAGAUCAGAGAUUUUACAUGUAUCCCCUCGCUGGGUUUAUGUGUGGGAUUGUUUGUUCUCAUUUUGUUUCUGCUUUGGAAUUUCAUUGUCUCAGUAAGUAUCAAAAGUUAAAGGUCAGGUUUUUCUCUUGUUUCUUAAGACAGAAAGUUGACUGUUUCGUAUCAAUAAUACUGUACAUGUACAUUGUAUUUGAUUUCAUUCAACUGUAAAAGAUAGCACUCAAGGGUUAAAUUACAGAAGGGCCAACAUCUGUGCUAUGUCAUUGAAGCUAAGAAGUUGAUUUAUGUCCAUCAAUGAUUCAAGCUGAACAUAGUAGAUCUGUAUAUGAAGCAUCCAAAGCAUGCUGGGUGUGUUGUGUAACAGAAGUCGGACUGCAGAUGCUACGUACAUUCUGUCUGCAGUGAAAUGUCAGUCCUCUGGGAUCAGUUGCAUUACUUGCUACCCUCAACAGUUUCAAAUUACUGAAGAGAGCCAGGAUCAUGCUUUUUCAAGGGUUAUGGGUAAUUACAGCUAAACUGAAGCUCAUUCAAGCCGGAGUGUUUGGCACAGGUGUCACAGCAUGUCAUCGUAGACCAAUCGUUGGAUAUGACUUAGUCCUAGCAGCAACCUGCCAUUGUGGAAGCAUCUGGUGUCUUUUUGUUACACCUUUGUGAACUGAAUAUCACUGCUAGGUAAAAUUGCUCCAAAUUAUGUGAUGCAGCAUCACGGUGUUUUUUUUUGUUUGGAGACUUAGACGUAAAUGAACAGCUGCACAUGUAAGCAGUAAGCAAGUGUAGAUCUCGUUGAAUACCGGACCAGGUCACCUUUUUUCAUGGAAGAACAUUACUGCUAGGUCCUUAAAGAUCCAUUUUAGGACCUAUUGUAUAUAUUUCUUUGUACAGCAUGAACAUUUUGUACAUAAUAAGGAUCAUGUGACUGUGAUUAUGUGGUUUUUGUCUCUGGUGCAAGUUGCUGCAACAGUCAAUAACAAAUGGAAAACUGGAAAUAUCUAAAAACGUUCUUUGCUUUAAGAAUAGUCAAAGACAUACUCAUGACCAGAAAUAUGCAAAGAAGUUGUCAGAUAUUGUUGGAAAGUGCAACAACUUUUACAUAAAUGCCUAUCCAUUUCCUAUGUAUGUCAUUUUUGUGUCAUCUUAUCAUGCUGUAGAAUAUAUUGGCCGCAUAUUGUUUUCUUGUAAGUGCAGUCUUAUUACUGCAAAAAUGGAUAACAUUAUUUAUUGACGUCCUGUUACAACAGGAACCAUUUGAGUUCAGAAGAAAAAGUUCAAAAACAGAAAAUAGUUCCUGUUGUGAAGUUGGCACAUACAUGUACUUCUGAAAAACUGGACUCCACCAGGGUUAACAGCAAUAUUAAGGCUCAAACCUUUGUAAACCUUAUCUCCAUUUCUGUUGUCUUUUUGAUGGCAUGAAAAAGUGCAGAUUGUAGAUUCAGUUACCAUUGAUCUCAUAUAUGUUUACAUUUUUCUUCUUUUGUGAUUGCUUCUGUGAAGACCUAAAAUCCUGAGGUAUGGGCAUGCACAGUUGCAGCAAUGAAAAUGACUGAUUGUUUUGUUGGAUAGAGGUUGAAAUCUACAAGGGGUGGUCAGCUUUCCUGCAUUUAGUGUGAGACUCGUGCAUGUCAAGUUAUACUCACAUUCUCAUGCCGAUGUGGAAUACGAGCGAUUCCCAAUAGUGCGCCACCAAGAGUGUGUAACGUAUUGGCCAAUCAGAACGCGCGAAAUUUGUAGACCCUUUCCAA